AUGGGAGCUCCCUGGGAGCUCCUGGAUGCAGAGGCCUUUCCGCAGAGGAUAUUCCGCGCCCGUAACCGGAUUUGGGGAUUUGCGCGGGAUGGGAAUGGAGGCAGAAAUCAGCUCCUGGAACUGAAUCCCUGUCCAGGAGCUGUGGCUGCCCAGCUCACACACGGGCUCGGAGUGUCCCCAGCCGAGGACAGGAGGUUGUGCCUCGAUGGAACCCCCUGGAUUUGGCACCUGCUGCAGGAGCGUGUGGAGAGCCCGGGAGUUCUGGAGCUCCUUCCCACUGUCUGCUUCCUCUUGGCUGCUCUGCCCCAAAUUCACGUUUCCUGCCAGAAUUGAAGAGUGGAUCAAGCACCGUCCUGGGGCUUCCUGCUGGGCUGGGCUGCUGGAGAUCUCAGCUUCAUAGGCUGCUAUUCAACAAAUCAGCUGCCAAUCCAGAUUGUCACUGCUGUUUUUUAUGUUAACAUGGAUCUAAUUAUGAUUUCACAAUUUUUCUGCUAUAAGCUCAAGAAUCAGAAGGUGACAAAAUGCAGCCACAACCUGAGGAAUUUCUGCAUCUCCAUUUGUGGAGCUCUGGGUGUCACUGCCCUCUGUCAGCUGGGGCUGAGGAACCAGGAGCAGAGCACAGCAAUCCCAAGGAAUAAUAACUCCCUUGGUGUGGUUGAACUGUCAGGCCUCGUUUGUGGCUCCAAAUCCUGUGGGUUUUACCUGGGCAGCAGAUUCCCUCAGCUCUACAAAAACCUGAGAAGAAGGGCCACAGAAGGCACCUUUUACCUGCUCUUUGCCUUGGCCAUGAUGGGAAACUGAACCUAUGGGCUGAGCCUUGUCUUAAAGAUGCCAAAAACCAAAUCCUCCAGGGGCCUCUACUUUGUUCACCACCUUCCUUGGCUCAUUGGCAGCUUUGGAGUCUUGUUUCUUGAUGUUUUUGUGUCCUUUUCCUGUUACAACAGAGAUUCUCAGGAUUGGCUUGUUCAUAAGUGGAUCAGAAAUGAAAUGGAUUUUUUUUGA